AUGAACGGUGGAUUUGUCUUGAGAAGAGAGAGCGAGGCCAGUAACUUCUGCACGAAGGUGUUCAUCAAAGGCACGCAUAGGCCAGUCUGCGAAACUUGUGGCGCUGACUGUUGCGACACGAGCACUGGCUGGGUAAUUGUUUGCCCAAAGGACUUGCGAAAAGGCUCGGCGGCCUCCACAUGGUGUAUGUUCACUGACCUCAUUCUCUGCUAUAAUCUCGAGUCUUAA